AUGUCAUCCGAAGUUGCUGGUUGUACUCAAAUCGCUUCAAAGAGUGUAGAGGGUCGCAUCGAGUCUCCAGUACAGCUCAUGAAGAGUCAAAUUGACUUCCUACAUGAUGCUUGGGCCGAGGUUAAGGAGGCAAACCGAGACUUGUCUCAAUUGCUUUCAAAUCAGCAAGAUAAAGCUAUGGUAAGUUUUGAGAAAAUUGAUGAAAAUUUAAGAGUCUUAUGUGAUCGUUUUGAAGUUAAACAAGUACCCUCAUAUGCUGGAAUGUUGCAAGUGUCAUUGCCUUUGUUUUAUGGUUGUCAUAGAGAAUAUGAUACUUGGGAAAAGAGCAUAGAGAAUUUGUUUGUGUUGCUUAACAUAGAGAAAGAGAGUGAGAAAAUAGCCUUAGCAAUAGGUUGUUUUCGUUCUAAUGCUUUGAAUUGGUGGAAACUAGUUUCACAUAUCUAUUCGCAUUAUUGGUAUCGUAAUUUGGAUGAUUGGAAUGAUUUGAGAAGUGCUUUGCGAGAAAGAUAUGCUGGUACUAACACCUUUGAUGAAGCAAAAGUGAAGUUGCUCAAUUGUAAGCAGAAUGGUAGAUCCAUUCAAUCUUACUUUGAGGAAUUAGAGGGGUUGUUUCUGAGUUCAGAAGUGGAUGAGAACGACUACAUGUUGAUAGACCGUUUCCACUAUGGCUUGGACAAGUGUUUCAAACAACAUCCAAAGAUAAGGAGACAAUCAAGGCUCUAUGAGGCAUACUAUGCUGCCUUGGAAGUGGAAAGAGAGCAUGAUACUUCUUGUGGUUGGAAUGGUCCAAUUGAGGAUCAGGGGUUGGUGUUUGGAGCAGAAGAUGGAGAUCAACGGACUUGUAUCUUCCGUACUAAGUGUUCGGUUGGGUGGUCCAAUGAAGUUGAUUUGGUAAUCGACGGUAUAGAGGUUGAUGAUUCGAGGACGAAUCCUCUUAAAGAAGGAGGGGAUGAUGAGAAUCAUGUAGCCUUCCAUGGAGGUUCUCCUAGUGAGGGGAAUGAGUUAGUCCUUCAUUCUAGAUUUGGAAUGCCAAGUUUACUUUGCAGGCCAAUCAAGGAAGAAAGGAUGGAUCUUGACCACCUAUGUGAUAGGGAGUUGGUUCAAGAGAGCUAUGAUCAAGGUGAUGAGAAUGUCAUUGACUUUGGGGUGCAAAUCAAAGGAGAUGAAGACCUCAUGGAAAUAAGUGCUGAAGAGUAUCAAGAGAGUUUGACUCUGUGUGCUUCAUGA